CAACACUACGCUAGUUCAUACACCCAAACAUUAUUGCGGUUAUACUAUUGCUGGUAUUCUCUGUGAAAAUAAAGAAACCUCGAUCUAAUAUAGAAUCGAAUGCCUCAGAAAUUAUCACCAGUUCUACAUGAAAUUUAUCAAAAUAUUACUACAAAUAAUCAAAUGAAAAUGGACGAUGAACAGAAUAACCUAAAUAUGUCAAUAUUUACACCAAAUGGAUCCAUUAAAGGUAACAAUACGACAGCUCAACACAAUAAUAAUAAUAAUAACAAUUCUGAUGAUUGUGAUGAAGUCCAAAGUGAAGCAUCACAUCAAAAUUUUCCAUCAUCAACAUCAUCACCUCCGGCGACGAUGACGACAUCAUUGUCGUUACAAUGUUCACCAUCAAUAACAGCUACAACCUCAAUGACUUCAACAUCAACUUUAACUAUGCCAACAAAAUCAUCACAUUCUCCUCUAUCAUUAUUUGAUUCUAUCAAUUCAUUGAAACGUGCACGUAUUGAAUUAAACCCAAGUGAAGCUAAUAAUAAUAAUAGUAAUAAUACACCAACUGUAUUCAAUGAAUUUCCAUGUUCAUGUGGUCAAAUAAUUUCAGAUUCCAGUGAAUUUUUACAACAUGUACGUCAAUGUCAAGAAUUUAUGAUGACUGCAUCAAAUUUUGCUGAAGCAAUCGCUAUGAAUACAGCGAUGACUAUGUCAUCCACAUGGAAUAAAUCUCUGCUUAAUCCUAUUCUUGAAGGUAAAAAUAAUCCAUAUAGUAAUGAUUAUAACUUUUCUUCAUUUUUAACUCAUAAACAAUAUACAGGUCAAGAUGAUAAUCAUUCACAACAAUCAAUGUCUACAUCAAAGAAUAUGUCACAUUUAAAGUAUCCAGCUCAAGAGAAAGAUCAUAAUAAUAAUAAUAAUAAUACUAGUUCAUUUCAGUCAGCAUUGGAUUUAUCCUUUCAUUCUAAUGGCGGUAUACAUUCCCCGUCGAUUAGUAAUGCUACUAAGCACAACUGUCCAGAGUGUAUUACAUUCAGUAGUACAGAGAGAUCAGUUUUGCUGAAACAUUUUGAAGUACAACAUGAUCGAACUGGUCACUUUACCUGUUCUAAAUGUUGUCAAUCCUAUGACUAUUUACCAUAUUAUUUAAAACAUCAAGUGUUUGAUAACUGUUCAAUUCUUACAUCUUCGUCUACAAAACUGGGAAUCACAAAACCUGUAACCCUGGAUACACAACAUGAAAAUGAUUAUUCAACUUCUUCUAUACAACAUCAUAAUCAUCAGUAUUACAAUGAUCCUCGGUCAAGAAAUCAUUCUUCAACCCGAUCUCCUUCACCAUCAUCACCAUGUUUACAGUCACCGAGAAUGAAAUCAAUCAAUGAUCAUACCAGCGAUAUACAUUUGUUAAAUAAAAAGUUGAUAUGUAAUGCAUGUAAUAAGAGUGGAUUUUCGCAUACAACUGAAUUGAUUACACAUUUAACUCAAUGUCCUAAAUUUAUUUCACUCACUACUGAAAAUAUUGGUAGUAGUAUUAGCAGUAGCAGUAGUAAUACUAACGCUAUAAAUAACACCAGUGUAGAUUCUUCUAAUAUGCGUAUAAAUAAUGAAUUAUUAAGUUUAGCUCUAGGACCAUCAGUGAAUUCUAAGGUGUCAGUAUUAUCCAGUGCUAAUAAUCACAAUGAUAAUAACAGUAAUACACGUGGAUCACCAUUCGAUUUUGAUAAAAGCUUUAGUGAGGUAUUGAAAGCAUCGUUUAACUCUCAGAUGGAUAAUAAUUCGUGUUUCUCACCCAAUCGUAUGCCAUUGAAUGUUAACAGUGACGAUAAAUUCAGUAAUAUCAUGCCUUCUAAUAAUUACAGUGAUAAGGGGAACCAUAAAGGGAACAAUUAUCAUCAUCCUCAUCACAAUAUACUUUAUCCUACACACACCACAGACACACAAACAUCCUAUACCAACUUCAUUUCAAGUCUACAGUCUUUUGAAAAGUCAUUACGUAAUGGGAUAACAAUGAAAUCUUCAUCAGUAAUAAAAUCUGAGAAUGAAAAACCAACAAACUUAUCGAAUGAUCAAUUCAUGAUGGGUAACGGAAAUGAUUACAAUAGUAUUGCGUCGGUUAGUUCAUUACUUAUGAAUGAUUUCGGUAUAAAUCAACGUUAUAAUCAUAAUAAUCAAGUGCAACAUCAUCCUAACCCUGGUCAUAUGAAAGAUUUAAAGUUUAACCAACGUCAGAAUGAUCCUGUUCACCAGCAUCAACAGCAACAGCAACAGCAACAACAACACCAACACCAACAAAAUACUUCGAACAACAGUCUACCUUCAUCUGUAAUCACAGAGAGUACGACGGAUCUGUCAAGACCAUUUAAAUGUUGUCAUUGUAUUAAAGCUUUUAAAUCGAAAGCCUUGCUAGAUCAACAUAUGCAUAUCCAUUAUCCACCAAAAUAUACAUGUCGUUAUUGUGCUAAAAAGUAUCGUUGGCCUCCAGUGUUUUAUCAUCAUCAGCGUACAUGUAAAAAGCGUCCACCGUCUACAACAUGUACAAAUAAUGAUACUAGCAAUAGUACGAUAACUGUCACAAUGUCUACACAAAGUAAUCAUACAAAUAACAGUUCAGGAGGAAAACGUAACAGUAAUAAUAUGAAUUAUUUAACUUCAGAUAUAGGGAAAAGUCUUCCGCUUAAUUCAGAGUCAUUCUUUAAACCGUCAAGUUUACGUUCAACAAAUCGUCAAGGAGAGGAUAAACUUCAUGGAAUAUCAACAUCUAAAAAGUCGGAUAGAACGACGGGAGGAAGUGGAACAUUUCCGCCAUAUGGACAUUCAUCGUGUUUCCCACCAUUCAAUUCUGAUAUCAAUACACCAUCGAGUUUCAUGGAACUAGCAAAUAGUCCUGCAUUGCUUCACAAUAAUAUUUUCAAUAAUAAUAAUAGCAGUAAUGAUUUGUCGUUAAUGUCAUCAUCAAAUUUAAACAACUUUGCAACAUUAGCUGCUGCCGCCGCCGCAGCAGCAGCGAUGAGUAUGCAUUUCCAAAUUCCAUCAAUUUCCAGUCUACCACCAUUACCGCCUUUAGGCUUCAAUAAUACAUUCCCGUCAUCAUCUACUUCCUCGUCAUCACCGAUAUCAUCAAUAGCAACAGGAGCAUUGUGCAAUCGUUCUUUCAAAUGUAUCAGUACAACACAACAAUCAACUUUAAAUUCAUCGUCUUCAGCAUUCUUAAACUCAAUGCCUUCAUCAUCAACAGUAUCAUCAACACCAUCAUCAUCUUCACUUUCAUUGUGUUCUGAUCUUUUUAGCCAAUCAUUUAAUCGUUCAAAUCCAACAUUACCAUUUUCAAAUCAGUCUGGUUUUCAUCCCCAAUAUCUUGUACCACCAUUUCUAAUGCCAAAUUCAAGUGAAAUGAUAAAUUCCAAUUACUUAAAUGAGUCAAAUAUAAAAUCAGAACUCAGUUUUCCAUUUAAUAACUUCUCAACACAAGUUUCAUCAAGUUUAAAUGCUGUGUCAUCGUUACCAUCAACGGUAGUAACAGCUGAAUCAAAUGAUACUUCAUCAGUGGGAUCCACUUCUUCACAGUUCAAUAUAUUAAACAAUUUAUUGUGUAUCUGUGGUAUGCGUUUCAAUGAAAUAUCAAGUUAUUUAUCACAUGUUACUGCUUGUAACUAUUUAAAAAAUUUGGUUCAGCAGCAGCAAGACCAACCACUUUCAACUUCACUGACUCAAACUCACAAGUCUCCUACACUGUCAUCGUCAUCGGAAUCAUCGUCAUCAUCAUCAUCGCCAUCAACAUCUCCACCACAACAAGUAUUAUCGCAAUCACUUUCAGGAAGAGAACAACAGCAACACCUAUCAACAAUGUCAUCAUCAUUUUUAUCGACAUUUCCACAAUUUCAGUCAUCUUCAUUAUCAAAUAUAUUUCCAUUCAAUCUUCCAUUUCCUUCUUUGUCAAAUAUAAGUGAACAGUAUGAUAUAUUUAAUAGAAAUAAAAAGAUGCAUGAAAAUGUAAGCGAUGUGAAUAUGUCGCCUGACUGUUGUUCACCUGUUAGGAAUACUGUUCAGCCUGUACAGCCUGAAUCUACAGAAGUGAUGAAUAAGAAGACCAUAGAACAAACUUAUAAUACUUUAAAUGAAAUGAAGUUUCCAGGCAAUCGGACAAAUCCUAUGGAAUAUGAAGAAUCAUAUUGUGAUAAAGAUCUUCCUAGCGUUAAUAAAAUGUACCAGAGAUUAGAUGAUGGUGACGGAAAAGAUUCUUUAAGUGAAAUUCAAUCCAAAGGUGAAAAUAAUCAAUUAGAUUCUUCAGAGAAUGAACUUACUUACGACAAAAAUAAUCAUAAUAAUGGUAGCACUGCCUUUGAUCUUAAGUCAGUAUUAGAUUUACCAACAGUUGUGUCAGGAAAGAAUCAAAGUUCAUUUGCUGAAUAUGAUCCAGAUAGUGGUAAACUGUUAGAACAAUCUUCAACAGAAAAAUUUAAAGUAGAUGAUAAAUCAAAUACAAAUUCAUCAAAUAAUUCAUUUGUAACAGCAAUGGCUAGUGUUUUAGCGAAUGCAGCAGCUGCAGCAGGUUUUCACUGUCCUGGACUGCCAGAUCUUACACAUAAAACAUUAACAAAUCAGCAUUCUUCUCCAUCUCCUGUACACAACACUCCUUCAGAUCAGCCAACAACAAAUUAUGAAGCUGACAGUGUAGAAAUUAUGACUUCUGAGUGUCAUUCUCAACGAAAUAGCUCUAAUAAUAGUCCAGAAAAUGUAACAACAUCCAUGUCUACAACAACAAUAACAACAACGACAACACCACCAACACCAACAACAACAAUGAACUCACCAAAAUCUUGUUACCAUUGUGGUAAGGAGUUUAGUUCACGUUUAUCGUUAAAACAACAUGUAGAGGGUAAACACAGUACAGAAGGGAAAUAUUGUUGCCCAGGCUGUUCAAAACGCUAUCGUUGGGGUGCUUCUUACUAUUAUCAUAAAAAAUCAUGUCCAGCUGUAAGAGAACAAAGUCCAGUUUCAAGUGAUAUAAUAAGCCAGUCAUCCUUAUCUGGUUCAGAAGAUGAUUCUUCUCGAUCUUCAAUAAAUUCAUCACCGGAUCUUCCGUCUAAUCCUACUCCUAUUAAACAAGAUGAUAUGGAGGUGAGAAAUGUUGAAGAAAAUGAUGUUGUUGAUGAUUAUGAUAAUGUCGACGAUGAAGAGUUAGAACAAAGUUCAAAUAAUUCACCGAGAGAGUGUUUAAAUUCCCCAGUAAAUAGUUGGCAAAAGUCCGAUGCUAUAGAAGAAUCGCUAUCAAGUAAAAGCAGUGGUGCAAAUGACAUUCAGUCUAUUCCAUCUAAAGUAAUUAAACAAAAACUAUCAAAUAAGCAUAAAAAAGCUUGUCAAAAUUUGAAAACGGAUUCAUUGUUAUGUGAUAUUAAGGCAUUUCCACUUGAAACCAAUUCCUAAAUGGUUGAUAAUUAAAUGACAGCAAAAAGAAUCCAGUUGUUCAACUUUCCAUCUUACACCUACUUAUAAAUCUAUCAAUGAGGAUACAAAUGUUAAAUGAGUAUUCAGUACAGAAAAUAAAUAAAUACACUAUUUAUUAUGAAUUACACAUCUGCAUUUGUUAUAUACUGACAAUAAAUAAUCUCUUCUCUAACAAACUAUUCGAAUUAAUAAAAUUGAAAUUAUCAUCAUCAUUGAACAGGUAUAUGAGUAAUCUCAAUUCAAGUUAAUGUGUACUCACUCCUUUCACCUUCAUGAAGUCACCUCCUAGGCAAUUUUAUUUAUUCGUAACAUUCAAAAUUCAUUGAAUGAAUCUAAAGGCAAAUGAAUAAAAAUCAUAUUUCACAUGCUCUCACACACAUACACACUUGUACAACUAACACGGAUAUAAUAUACAUACAUAUAUGUACCACACAUAUGAAAUAAUCAUAAAUAUUGUUCAAUUCUUUUUUGUUUUGUUUUACUUGUCUCUUGAUUAUAUUACAUUAAAUUUACAUUGGGUGGCGCCAAAUUUGAUUGUAUUGAAUAAUAAUAAUAAUAAUGUAAUAUUUUUCAUUCUCUUUUUUUCUC